AGGUGCGCGGUUCGUUAGUGCAGUGCAGUGCUCAUUUUCGCGCGCUUAUAUUAAAUAAUUAAAAGCAAUAUUAUAAACAAAACACAACGACGCUUGGCGAGUGAGCAGCUUCCAAUAUUAUUAUCAUAGUCAUGCGUUUGUUAUUACUGACGGCACUGCUGGCGCUGCUGUUGCAACAUGCCACUGCCCAGGACGAUUACUGCUUUGGCAAGGACGGGGAGCGUGCACAGACGCGUCAAUUCAGCUCCAAGACAGCCUAUCAGAUUGCCAAGGGCACGCACAUCGACAAACAGUACCAGGUGCCGGGCUGUGAGCCUAAAAAAAUGUGGAUCUUCCAUAGGCACGGCACGCGUCUGCCCACGGUAAAUACCAUCAAGGAGGCGCCACGUCUAGAGGAUCUGCGCGACUUGAUAGACAAAAACUACAAUGUCCUGCGCACUAAGCCCGAGACGAAUGCGCUUUGCCAAAUUGAUUUGUUUGGCAUUAAAAUGUGGAAAUGGAAUGCCAGCAUAACUGUUGAUAUGGAACAGCAUCUGACCAGCCAAGGUUACGAAGAUUUGCGCGGCACAGCGAAGCUCUAUCAACGUUAUUAUCCUUCAGUGCUUAGCAGCAAAUAUAACAAUACCCACUACUAUUUCCGUCAUACGGAUACGCAGCGCACAACUGAAAGUUUCAAGGGCUUUGCCGAGGGACUCUUUGGCGACAGCAGAGUGGCCACUGCUGCAGACAUACCCGAGCAGGAUCUGUUGCUGCGUCCCUAUGACUAUUGCACAGACUUUAAGAACAAAAACUACAAGGGCGAGGGCUCCGAGUACUACAAGUUCACCAACAGCAGACAGUGGAAUCAAACCAUGGAGGAUAUAGGACGCCGCCUGGGCUUUACAUAUUUGGAUGAGAAGGACAUAAUGCUUAUGUAUGAUAUGUGCCGUUAUGAGCAGGCCUGGCAAGUGGAUCGCACUAGUGUCUGGUGUGCCGCCUUUUUGCCAGAGCAGGUGAACGUACUGGAGUAUGCCGAGGACUUGAAAUAUUACUAUGAAGCUGGCUACGGAUUUCCGGAGAAUGAGCGUUUCAACUGCCGCGCUGUGCAGGAUAUGCUGAAGCAUUUGAGCACCCCUGCCUCACCGCAGGUGGUUGCCUACUUUGCACACUCGGCGGGCUUGCAAACGCUGCUCACCGGGCUGGGUGUCAGUCGCGAUGAUGUCAAGUUGACAGCGGAUAACUUUGAUAUCAUGUCCAAUCGUCGCUGGCAGAUAAGCAAACUAGGUCCGUUUGCUGGCAACUUUGUUGCCGUCAAAUACAGCUGUCCAGCGGAGCGAGAGCAGGAGAAGGCUGUAUUCUUUAUCAAUCAGAAUGCUGUGCAGCUCAACUGGUGCAAUGUGGGCCUCUGCAACUGGUCGGAUGUGAUGAAAAACUAUAAGACCAUCAAUGAGGCUAAUUGUGAUGAAUAUUACUGCCGCUCUGGCGCGUCUGCUGGCCAGGCUUCGUUGCUACUCUCUGCUUUGAUAGCAGGCAUUGUCUACUUAAUGCACUAGUUGCUUGCAGCAUUUGCCUAGUUUAGUUUUUAAUUUCUAAAAUGUACAAAGUUCGUACCAAAAAAGCAACAACAGAAGCAAACGUAAAGUCAAACAUGUAGCCUUUUUUGCUACGCAGGCAUUCAAGUAUUUUUUGAUAUACAUAUUUAUGUAAAUUUUCUAUUUUUAAUAUGCACACAACACUACCACGCAGCAAUUUUAACUUAGACACAAUUCACAUCCAAAACAAAGCAAAAAACUAGCUUCUUUUUAAAGUAAAUUAACCUAAUUUUAUAAAUGCUCUGCUUAUGGCAAUUGAUUACAGUCUUAAACGUUGAAUAGCUUUAUAAACUAAAUAAUAAAAACACAU